GCUGGUUGUUGCUAAGAUUGCCUCCAUAGUAACAUCCACAUCCUGUUUACACCUCAAUAUGGCUGAGGCUGUCUGAAGUAGGAACCUACCUAUCCUGGACAACCACUUCCAUCACCACUUGGGGACGCCAAUCAUCGUGACACGUGGUCCGGCUUCUACUCCCUUCCCCCAUUCUCUUCCUGCCCUGGCUGCCACACUUCAUAUACAAGAGAGGAUCAGGGCUUGGAGCUGCUGCUCUGAAGUUUAUUGCACAAGAUACAGCUGGUCUGAUUCCUAACUGGGUCCCAAAAGAAGCAAGAAGCAAGGGGCAAGAAGGCAAAAGGCCCCUGCUCAGUUGAAGGAAAACUCUUCUCUGGUUGAGGGGCUUGUUGACAGCAGGCAGAAUGACGAACCCAGCAGAACAUGCCUUGGUGGCCAACUCAAUGGUUGACAGCCGUGAAGGGGACUUUGGCUGCACAGUAAUGGACCUGAGGAAGCUCAUGGAGCUGCGUUCGAAUGAUGCAAUGAACCAGAUCCGCAACCACUAUGGAGAUGUACAGAAUAUCUGCAGUAGACUAAAAACAUCCCCUGUGGAAGGUCUAUCCGGGAACCCCGCCGAUCUGGAGAAACGUCGGCAGGUAUUUGGGCAGAACUUUAUCCCCCCCAAAAAGGCCAAGACCUUCUUAGAAUUAGUGUGGGAAGCGCUUCAGGACGUCACCCUGAUCAUCCUGGAGAUUGCGGCCAUCAUCUCCCUGGUCCUGUCCUUCUACCGCCCCCCUGGGGGAGACAAUGAACAGUGUGGUGAGAGCACAGGGACCCCAGAAGAUGAAGGGGAAGCAGAAGCCGGCUGGAUCGAGGGCGCAGCUAUCCUAUUCUCAGUGCUCAUCGUGGUGCUAGUGACGGCCUUCAAUGACUGGAGCAAAGAGAAGCAAUUCCGAGGUCUGCAGAGCCGCAUUGAGCAGGAGCAAAAGUUUGCCAUUAUCCGAAAUGGCCAGCUCAUCCAGCUUCCUGUGGCUGAGAUUGUGGUGGGCGAUAUCGCCCAAAUCAAAUAUGGCGACCUGCUGCCUGCAGAUGGGAUCCUGAUCCAGGGGAAUGAUUUGAAGAUUGACGAGAGUUCUCUGACUGGGGAGUCAGACCAUGUCAAGAAAUCCUUGGACAAAGACCCCAUGCUGCUCUCAGGCACCCAUGUCAUGGAAGGUUCUGGCCGGAUGGUAGUGACUGCUGUUGGUGUCAACUCUCAGACUGGCAUCAUCUUCACCCUCCUGGGGGCCAGCGAGGGAGAAGGGGAAGAGAAGAAGAAGAAAGGUAAAAAACAAGGAGUCCCUGAAAAUCGCAACAAAGCAAAGACCCAGGAUGGAGUGGCCCUGGAGAUCCAACCACUCAACAGCCAGGAAGGGGUUGACAGUGAAGAAAAGGAGAAAAAGGCAGCCAAGAUGCCCAAGAAAGAGAAGUCGGUGUUGCAGGGCAAGCUGACGCGCUUGGCUGUCCAGAUCGGGAAAGCAGGUCUGAUCAUGUCUGCUAUCACCGUUCUCAUCCUGAUUUUCUACUUCGUGAUUGACAACUUCGUGGUGAAGCAGAGGCCGUGGCUGGCUGAGUGCACACCCAUCUACAUCCAGUACUUUGUCAAGUUCUUCAUCAUCGGUGUCACUGUGCUUGUGGUGGCUGUGCCAGAGGGGCUGCCCCUGGCUGUCACCAUCUCCCUAGCCUACUCCGUGAAGAAAAUGAUGAAAGACAAUAACCUUGUACGGCACUUGGACGCCUGUGAGACCAUGGGCAACGCCACAGCCAUUUGCUCUGACAAGACGGGCACAUUGACCAUGAACCGCAUGACUGUGGUGCAGGCCUACAUCGGGGGCACCCGCUACCAAAAGAUCCCAAGUCCAGAUGUCCUCCCGCCCAAGGUCCUGGACUUGAUCGUCAAUGGCAUUUCUAUCAACAGUGCCUAUACCUCAAAGAUUAUGCCUCCAGAAAAGGAGGGAGGCCAGCCUCGGCAAGUGGGUAACAAGACUGAGUGUGCGCUGCUGGGCUUUGUCACAGACCUGAAGCAGGACUACCAUGCGGUGCGCAGCGAGGUGCCCGAGGAGAAGCUCUACAAGGUGUACACCUUCAACUCCGUGCGCAAGUCCAUGAGCACGGUCAUCAAGACGCCCGAGGGCGGCUUCCGCAUGUACAGCAAGGGCGCCUCCGAGAUCAUCUUGCGCAAGUGUAAUCGAAUGCUGAACAAGGAAGGGGAAGUGAUGCCUUUCAAGAGCAAGGACCGAGACGACAUGGUGCGCACUGUCAUCGAGCCCAUGGCCUGCGAGGGCCUCCGCACUAUCUGCAUAGCCUACCGCGAUUUCAAUGACGCAGAGCCUGUGUGGGACAACGAGAACGAAAUCCUCACUGAGCUCACCUGCAUUGCAGUGCUGGGCAUCGAGGACCCCGUGCGCCCAGAAGUGCCGGACGCUAUUGCCAAAUGCAAGCGAGCUGGCAUUACCGUCAGAAUGGUGACAGGUGACAACAUCAACACAGCCCGAGCCAUCGCCACCAAAUGCGGCAUCCUGACCCCUGGAGAUGACUUCCUGUGCUUAGAAGGCAAAGAAUUCAACAGGCUCAUUCGUAAUGAGAAGGGCGAGGUAGAACAAGACAAGCUUGACAAGAUCUGGCCAAAGCUCCGCGUCCUGGCGCGAUCUUCACCCACUGACAAGCACACACUGGUGAAAGGCAUCAUUGACAGCACUGUUGGGGAUCAGCGGCAAGUUGUGGCUGUCACUGGUGACGGCACUAAUGACGGGCCAGCUCUGAAGAAAGCAGAUGUUGGUUUUGCCAUGGGCAUUGCAGGCACGGAUGUCGCAAAGGAGGCAUCAGAUAUCAUUCUGACAGAUGACAACUUCACCAGCAUCGUGAAGGCAGUGAUGUGGGGUCGGAACGUCUAUGAUAGCAUCUCCAAGUUCCUUCAGUUCCAGCUCACUGUCAAUGUCGUGGCCGUGAUCGUGGCCUUCACCGGAGCCUGUAUCACUCAGGAUUCUCCACUGAAAGCCGUGCAGAUGUUGUGGGUUAAUCUCAUCAUGGACACCUUUGCCUCCCUGGCCCUGGCCACAGAGCCCCCAACCGAUUCUCUGCUGAAGCGCCGCCCCUAUGGUCGAAACAAGCCCUUGAUCUCACGUACUAUGAUGAAGAAUAUCUUGGGACACGGAGUGUAUCAGCUCACUGUCAUCUUCCUCCUUGUCUUUGCCGGUGAGAAAUUCUUUGACAUUGACAGUGGGAGAAACGCACCUCUACACUCACCACCCAGCCAACACUACACUAUUGUUUUUAACACCUUCGUGCUGAUGCAGCUCUUCAACGAAAUCAACUCCCGCAAGAUUCACGGAGAGAGGAACGUCUUUGCUGGCAUCUUCCGCAAUGUCAUCUUCUGCUGUGUGGUCUUGGGCACAUUCAUUAGCCAGAUUCUUAUCGUGGAAUUUGGAGGCAAACCCUUCAGUUGCACAGGCCUCACUCUGUGCCAGUGGUUUUGGUGUCUCUUCAUCGGAAUUGGAGAGCUGCUGUGGGGCCAGGUCAUUUCUGCAAUACCCACCCAGUCUCUGAAGUUCCUGAAGGAGGCUGGGCAUGGAACCGCCAAAGAGGAGAUCACCAAGGAUGCGGAGGGUCUGGACGAGAUUGACCACGCUGAGAUGGAGCUGCGCCGAGGCCAGAUCCUCUGGUUCCGGGGCCUGAACCGUAUUCAGACUCAGAUCGACGUAGUUAACACAUUCCAGACUGGAGCCUCUCUUAAGGGAGUCCUAAAACGACAGACCAUGAGUCAACAGUUUGAUGUAAAACUUGUUCCUAGCUCAGCCCAUAUCAAAGUGGUGAAAGCAUUCCAUAGCUCCCUCCACGAGAGCAUUAUGAAGUCCUCGCACCAAAACUCCAUCCACAACUUCAUGACCCACCCGGAAUUCGCCAUAGAGGAGGAGGAGGGGCCACGAACACCAGUCCUGGAUGAGCAAGAGGAGGGCAGUUCCGACAAGGCUUUUCCAUCUGGGACGAGCGUGUUUCCGACUGACGAUGAGGUCACUCCAUAUGCCAACACAAACAACAAUGCGGUGGAUUGCAACCAAGUGCAGGUCAUUGCCUCCCACUCAGACAGCCCUCUCCACAGCCUGGAGACUUCCGUUUGA